AUGCGCUUCCUCGGUCCCCUUGCCCUUUUCAUCGCCGCCGCAGCGGCCACCGCUGACAGCACUCCGGAGCUGCAGCAGCUCGCCAUCGGCGAGAUCCAGCCCGGCGUCGAGGCGCGGGGCGAGGUGCUCGGCGGGCACCUGAAGAAGCGGGCGUGCGUGGCUAACGGGUGCAAGUGCGACAGCCGCGGCAAGCAGUUCCACUCGUGCGGCAACUGCGUGUGGACCAACAACGGCGCCUGGGUCAUCACCAAGAAGCGGGUGGCCAACCACAUCUUCGAGUGCGCUCCCAACGGCGACUGCUGCGACUACGGCGCCGCCGACGACUGCGGUGGCCCCAAUGCUAGGUGCUACAAGCAGUGA